AUGUCGUGCCAAGCCAGCAUGCGGGACAAGAACGAGCUCUCGCAGGCGCACACGCACAUUGCCAGGGCCAUCUCGGGCUGCUGCAUGACGCUCAAGGCCUACCUCGACCACAGCCGAGAGCGGUUCCUGCCCUUUCUCGACGGCGCGGGCGUGGAGGAGCACCGGGUAGACCUGGCCGAGGUGGCCAACCUCAUCUACUGGAUGGCCAAGAUCCAGUCGCAGAUCGGCAUCGGGCCGCGGCGCUUCGGGGCCUGGGACCACCGGCUGCUGCCGUCGACAGUGUCGCUGCCGUCCAUUGAGCGGGCGGCACACGAGCCGCGGGCGCGCAGCAAGGCCCUGAACCAGAUGCAUGCCAACUACGCCAACGCCCGGUAUACCGUUGUCCACGACAGCUACCUGAUCAACUUUCCGUGGAGCGAUGACGGCAGCCCGUGCCUCGCCAUCGUGCUCUCCACCUGGUUCACGCGAGGCUGGACGGCGCUCGAGCUGGCCAUGUCCAAGAGAGUCAAGGUCCUC